AUGGCAGAGUUGUGUAUCGCGUGCCGUGCAUCGACAGAGAAUCGGCGAAGAUAUGAUUGGGUUUUCAGAGAAAUGCAAUAUCUUGAUAUCGCCCAAAUAGUGAUAGAAGAUAUAGUAGCUCGACAGUUGGAGCCUACUGCGUUCAUUUGUCGACCCUGUUGGCAAAGAACGGAACGAACGCACCAGCGACUUAUUCGGGAGGUUGAACAGCAAGCUGACCAAGACCGUGAUCCAUCGGAAGUUCCAAAUUCAAGACCAAUUUCGCUGAUUUUGCCAGGUCUUCUUCGUGCUCCAAACACCGCAAAUAGUUGCAUUUUCCUACAUUGUACGAAUGAAUCUCGCCGUCGUGUUCCAGAGAACAUAAUUUUUCGCAUGGUAUGCCGCUACAGCUAUUUCGUGCCAGAAAACGCGUGUGGAGCAAAAUCUGUGGCAUUUACUUCCUGUACAAAACAACUCUUCUGA